AUGCGUGAGGAAAAGGCCGUUGUUUCCCUUGGCGCGGUGUGCAUCAGUCUCUAUCAGUGCCAGCCGCUUGCCUCUUUAGGGAGUCCAUGCUUCUGUGAUACCGCGAGUGCUUACAGGGGCGAUGUCCUGGUGCCUUUUUACAGGGGCAGCGCGACGUACAGGGAACUUGCAGAGGGUAUGGAAUACCGACUCAAUCAGUACUUCGUCGUGCACCCCGCAGCUGCACGUAAGCCGAGCGCCGCAGAAGUUUCAACACAAAAUAACUUAGUGCACGCAGUAAACAGUGGCAGUGGUUUCAAUGGAUCCUAUGUAUGCUCUCGCUGCACCGGAUGUGACGAUGCCGGCAGGGUGGCACACACCCAAACAGGACAAGGCAUAUUUGAAGAGUAUCCCAGGAUUGUUGUACGCAACUUUACGAGAGCGCGAAACCCCGAGCUUGGAGAGGGCGAUGUGACUUACGAAGACAUUGAUGACAAAUUGGAGGUAACAGAGGGUAACCUUCGCUGUUUUUUUUACUACGUUAAAGAGAAAUGCAGCAAAACUAUCUCACCCAUACUUUUAAAGGAUGGCAGUAUCAAGCGUCCACACAUUGGUAUAGAUCAUGUACACUCAUACGCUUCUGGUAGUGCCUAUGCUGACCGUGGGAAGGUGCAGCAACACAUUGAGUUGAAGGUGGGAGGGCGUCUGCUUCGCAUUGGCACUUCCGCUGAACAAAGAUUUGAAGACGUCUUUCAGCGCCUUAAGAGCCGAAAUCUUCGGGUACACCGCAUCUUUGACGGUGUUACUGGCGCCAGUAUCUUGCCCUGCGAACUCGUGCGCCAUCUUAGUUGGAAGGUUUCGUCGUUUUGUGCGGAAGUUGCUGUCCCACUUUCAAGUGAUGUUGGCAUGAAACGGCAACGCAUUGAUGAAGAACGUGAAGGAAAUACGGAGGAUGAGGGACUGUGGAUGAGAGAGAGGGAAGAAGAUCACGACGAGGCGAGGACGCUGAUAAGCCUCUCGGAGGUUUCAACAGGGGCGUAUGGUGGCACUACCUUAUGCUUAACGUCGGGGUCGCCUAGGAGCAGUGGUAAUACGCAUGUCAACGUGGAUGAAGAACGACGCUCCUGGGACCACGAAAAAUUGCUGCACAAAACCACCUUUGGCUUUGAUGAAGAUGAUGAUACGGUGCCUCUUCUGGACGUCCACUCACAGGUUCCUUACGACUCUCUUGCCUGUUCAGCCGAGGCGGUGGAAAGCAGCACUCCAUUGCGCUCAUUCUAUUUGGACGAUGAUUCAUACAUGGCAUCUGCGUUUACUGGAGUUGUUAAUGAUACAGGUGGUAGCAGUGUUGCUUUUGCCACACCAAUGCAUGCCGAAAACGACAUUUUGAUAAACGACAGUGGUUUACGUCGGCGCAGAGUAGGAUCUGUUCAUGGGGAAUAUUCCCCCAUUAUGGUUACGCAGCAAUCUCUGCCUGAUUUCUUCCUUUACAAUUCCGAUGAUAACGACGAGGAAGAGGAAUCAGAUAACUAA